AUGGCUCCUUCUUACAAAUCCGCCGGCGCCGUCAGGCCGUCCCUAAUUUUCUCCGACGUUGUCUCCGUCUGCUGCGCCUUAGGUUUCGUAGCCGUGCUGCUGCUGAUCGGCGGCGCCAGAACCGAGGUGGCGGCCGGAACAAUUACAGUCACGGCGGCGCAGCAACGGCGGUGCGAGGAAAUAUAUGUGGUCGGAGAAGGCGAGACACUAAACACAAUAAGUGAGAAAUGCGGCGAUCCGUACAUCGUCGAGAGGAAUCCCCAUAUUCACGACCCCGACGAUGUCUUCCCCGGCCUCGUCAUUAAGAUUCUGCCGCCGCCACUGUAG